AUGUGGUAAGCUCGUCGCGCCCUGUUGUUGCUUGAAGCCCUCAAAUUCCAUCACCUCGUCUCCCCACCCCUCCCCCCCGGGCCGCUCCCCGUCCUCCGCCGCGCUGCGUCGAUUGUCCCCGCCGAGAGGGCAAUGGCGCCCGUAGUUCAGAGCUCCCAGCCGUGGGUGGAGAAAUACCGACCAAGGCAGGUGAAGGAUGUGGCGCACCAGGACGAGGUCAUCCGAGUCCUCACCAACACCCUUGAGACCGCCAACUGCCCUCACAUGCUUUUUUACGGGCCGCCCGGAACAGGGAAGACUACGACCGCCCUUGCCAUUGCUCACCAACUCUUUGGGCCAGAACUCUAUAGAUCAAGAGUUUUAGAACUUAAUGCUAGUGAUGAUCGAGGGAUUAAUGUUGUGCGAACAAAGAUCAAAGAUUUUGCAGCUGUUGCUGUGGGUUCAGGAUCUCGUCAAGGAUAUCCAUGUCCACCUUACAAGAUCAUCAUCCUAGAUGAAGCUGAUUCAAUGACAGAAGAUGCUCAGAAUGCAUUAAGACGUACCAUGGAGACUUACUCCAAAGUAACUAGGUUCUUCUUUAUAUGUAACUAUAUCAGCAGGAUCAUAGAACCACUUGCUUCCAGGUGUGCGAAGUUCAGGUUUAAACCUCUUUCUGAGGGUAUAAUGAGUAGUCGCAUCUUGCACAUUUGUAGUGAAGAAGGCCUGACUCUGGAUUCUGAGGCUCUUUCUACUUUGAGCUCAAUCUCUCAGGGAGAUCUUCGCCGUGCUAUUACAUACCUGCAGAGUGCAGCUCGCUUGUUUGGAUCAUCCAUUACAUCCAAGGACCUCAUUAGUGUUUCUGGGGUGAUCCCUCAAGAAGUAGUUCAAGCAGUAUUCACAGCUUGCAAAUCUGGCGAUUUUGAUGUUGCAAACAAGGAGGUUAAUAAUGUAAUUGCUGAGGGAUAUCCAGUCUCUCAACUGCUAUAUCAGUUCCUAGAGGUGAUAGUUAAUAACGAUGACAUAUCAGAUGAACAGAAGGCAAGAAUCUGCAAGAAGUUGGGUGAAGCAGACAAGUGCUUAAUCGAUGGGGCGGACGAGUAUCUGCAGCUAAUGGCUGUGGCCAGUCACACGAUACGAGCUCUUUGCGACAUGCCAGAGGAGUUGCGCUUUGAUUAAUUAGGUUUUGCUACACCGUGUAACAUCAUGAACUUUUUAGGAACUUAAUUUUGCUUGAAUAGUUGGUGGUUGUAGCCAUGGAUACACUGAUGUGCUCAAGGCCAUCAAACCUUUGGGUUUUGCAGUAGCAACAGGUUUGCAGGCUUAACCCCCUUGCAUUUCCUGUUAUCCUCUCCCUUUAGAAGUGAAGAGGACACCUUCAGACUGUCAUCUGUAGUGUAUGAUAUGAUCAAACCUUCUUGAUCCAAUGCAAGCUAAGCAUUUGAUAAUA